AUGGACAUAGAACUACUCACCUUUUAACAAGUUGGCUUCUACUCAGCCUUUUAAUAAAGAAAUCAAAAGUCAAGCAUGGAUAUCUUAAUAAAACAGAGCAAUUUCAUAUGCCAUUCAAUAUGCAUCUAUCAAAUCAUAAAGCUUGUUUUAUUCUUAGCAUGUUACCAACAAACUCUUGCAUCUCCUCUGCGCAAUGUUAUUUUUUUCACUUUCAUUCAUGAUGUUAUUAGCUUUCUCUUCUACAUGAUUCUUGAGUAACAAAAUUUGUAAAUAAAUUUAGUGCUUUGACCAACAAAUUUAGUUACUCAGAACUAUUUAAAGAAGAAGAUUAAGUUGUAAACAUUUUUGAGUUGAAUCACAGCUUAAUCUUUUUGACUCUUUAGGAACUUCUUUCAUUUUUUAGACCUUUAAAUGGAGUCGUUCUCCUGUACUAGAUCUAAUAAAAGUUGUUUAGGUAUCCUCUAGCUAUUAUCAGAAUGCUGUAUUACUUCAAUUCUGUUUAUUACUUCAUUUAAUUGUAAAACAGUCCUCAAGAGUAUAGUUUUCUAAUAAUUGAGCAAACCCUAGAAUUGGUAAUAUCCUGGGUGACAACUUUAAUUAUAAUGAUUUCUAUCGGAAUUAUUUUAGUUAUUAACAAAACUUUAGGAAAGUAGAUUGGAUUUAGAUUUUAAAAUAGAUUAUAACAAAGUAUAUCAAAUAAAUUUACUGAAAUUAAGUUUUAAGAUUUGAACUAAUCUUUCAAGGGUUGUAAUUUAGAUUGGUAUUGUUGCAACUCAAUUUUAGCCCUAUUUGUUAUGAAUAAAUUAAUGAUGCCGAUACAAUUAUCCAAUUACCUUGUCAUUAAAAACAUUUGUUUCAUUCUUAGUGUUGCAAAUAAUGGUUAUUCUAAGAUCUUCGAUGUCCCCUGUGUAGGAAUGAACUAGAAUGGAAUGCAAAGACAAAUAUUCAAACAGAGCUUGAAACUUUAUGA